AUGAAAAGAGAACAUUAUUCACACAUCAAUUUACUGAACGAGUUGAAAUUUGCACCCAAAGACUGGCAUAACUACCUGCGUAUGAACGAAGAAACUUACUUGAAGCUUCUAUCGAUGGUUACUCCACUUAUUAAAAAGCAAGAUACUGUAAUGCGAAAAGCUGUAUCGCCACACGAAAGAUUGACAGCAACUCUGAGGUUUCUCGCAACUGAAAGGAGUUACGAAGACCUGAAGUUUACAACAAUAAUAUCACCCCAGGCGUUGGGUGUUAUUAUUCCAGACACAUGUGAAGCGAUAUACAAAGUACUGCGGAAGGAUUAUUUUAAGUUUCCACAAACAGAAGAUGAACGGAAAAAUAUAGCAAAACAUUUUGAAAAUAGGUGGAAUUUUCCACAUUGCCUUGGGGCCAUAGACGGGAAACACAUAGACAUUAUUCCUCCAAGUGGAAGUGGCUCCUAUUUUUAUAAUUAUAAAGGUCGACACAGUAUGGUACUUCUUGUAACAGUGGAUGCUAGGUACCAAAUUAUAAUGUGCAGCUUUGGUGUUAACGGCAUGAUAUCAGACUGA